ACACCUACACAGGUGUGAAGUACGCUAGUGUGCGUAGUCGCCGCUACCAUGGAAACGGAAAAGUCAUAAACAAAAGCCGGAAAAUUGUAAAUUGCAGAAUGUUCACUACCGCAACAUAAAAAUAAAGCCAAUAAUGUCAUUUGAGAAAAUACUUUAUAAAUAUGAAGAACCGCACGGGAUCGGAGAUGUAUACUUCAUUUGGCAGAAGGCUUUAUUGGCCACAACUGGAACAGAUGGCUCCGUGGCCUUGUACAAUCGGCAGGGACAAUUGCUGCAGCGCAUCAUACUCUCAGGUCUAUGUUCGGGAUUCGCUUGGGAUCAAGAGGGCGAUUUACUGGGCAUCAUCACCAGUGGUUCCCCAAAUAUAACUUUGUGGGACUACGAUACCCAGGAGAAGAUCAGUGUGGAGACGGGGCUUCGAGACCCGCUCACCUGCAUUCUCUGGUCUAAGCAGCAGCAAUUACUUGCAGUGGGAACGGGAAGAGGCAAUCUGGCCAUCUACAACCAUCGCAGUGGAAAGCGAUCAACUCCGGUACUGGGCAAGCACAGUAAGCGAAUAACCUGCGGCGCCUGGUCUGCUCAGAAUCUAUUGGCCCUUGGUUCGGAGGACAAGAGUUUCUCGCUGAGCAACGAGGAUGGGGACACUGUACGCGUGGUCCAACUAAGGGACGCACCAACCGACAUGUAUUUCGCCGAAAUGGCCAAUGACGAACGAAUUGCAGGGGACAAUGCCAUCAGCAUGAUCAUCGGAAAGCGCACACUGUUCCUUUACUAUCUGCCUGAGCCGGAGAAUCCAACAGAGCUGGGCUUCCAAAGUCGCUACGGGUCGUUGAUGCAGCACAAGUGGUUCGGCGAUGGUUACAUCCUGCUGGGUUUCUCCAACGGACAUGUGGUUGCUAUCUCCACGCAUCCAAAGGACGUCGGCCAGGAGCUGUGGCAGGUGAAAAACCAUAAAGACACGUUAACCGGCUUGGCCUACUGCCCCACAUUAGACAUUGUGGCGUCCUGCGGUGAUGACAGCAGCAUCAAGAUUCACUCAAUCACGAAUCUCCAAGAAACGGAGCGAAUCAUUACUGUUCCCGAUCAUGCUGGUGUUCAGAUGAUCGACUGGUCACCUGAUGGGCAACUUCUAGCUGUUACCACUAACCAUGGUACUGUGUACAUCUAUGUAACCAAGUUGCCACAUCUGUUUGCGGUGUCAGCGCCCAGAAUUGUCCUAUUGAGUAGCCUCGCCGAAGUGUCUAUCUAUGUCUAUGCACCUGACAAGACAAAGUCGCUGCCAUUCCGCUUACCCCUGGAGGGAGAGCCCACCUUCAUGGCCGUGGGUCCCUAUAACUUUGCCGCAGGAAUUGAUAAGCAUGUGUGGUUCUAUGAUCUCGGAAAGAGUUUGGGCGAAGAGCCCCGUCCACUAAGCGAACGAGACUUUCCGCGCAACGUGGAGAGUAUGAGGUUGAAUGCGGAUUACUGUGCAGCCCUCUGUCCGCCGCAGCUUAUCCUUCAGGCCAUAGUUGCCGACAAUGCCAACUGCAAGGACAAAUUGCAGGCAGUGUUUCCCACCGCAUUACCCAAUAUGCCUAGUGAUGCGGUGAUCACAUGCUUUACCCUUAGUCAGGAGCUUCUUAUAUUUGCAACAGAUAUAGGUCACCUGGUAUUCUAUUCGUUGGAAAAAUGGGAAAGCUGCACCAUCUACAGACAUAGUAUGGGCAUCCGCCAGCUCUUCAUGGAUAUUGAAGGCACCAAGGUUAUUUUUAUAGACGAUCAUUCCCAGGGUUAUGUAUUUUUGCCCGUUGUGGAGGAAGCCUUGCUCAUUCCGGACAUUCCCAAAGAGUGCCUCGGCUGUUUGUGGGACCUCACGCAUCCUAACAUUUUCAUUAGCUACGAUUCGAGGAUAGUGAAUACACAUGCCUUUGUUCGGCACUCUGUGCAAGGGACACACACCUUGAAAGUGGGUGAAACUAAACUAAAUCCAGGUCAAUUUCCUUUAUUGCUAUGUGGUGGGGAGAUGGCCCUGCAUGUAGAUGGUGGCCAGUAUGCCACGCAGUCCCUCACUACCCACGUCGUUAAUCCAAGCAACAGCCAAACAGCGAAUCUUCAAGUGCUUCUGCGGCUUAGAAACUACGAUGAGGCGUAUAAGCUGUGCAAGCAAAUGAAUCAGAGUAGCGCCUGGCGUGAGUUUGGGGAGCAGGCCAUUGCUGAUCUGGAGCCAGAUAUAGCCAUUCGAGCCUACCGUCAGUUGGGUGAUGCUGCUCUGGUGAAUGCUUUGGGAGAACUGCGGUACAUCGAGGAUUUGGACAUGCUUAUUGGCUGCUGUUGUACGCUUUUAGCCCAGUACGACCAAGCCAAGGAGCAGAUGUUAAAGGGAGUUUACACCAGAGCAGCUCUAGAUCUCUGUCGAGAUCUUCUCCAAUGGGAUCAAGCACUUCUUCUGGCCCACAAAAAUGAUCCUCAAGAGGUUCCCUAUAUAGCCAGGGAGUACGCCCAGCAAUUGGAAUUCACUGGAAACUAUACUGAUGCUCUAUAUCACUACGAGAAGGGUUACAAGGAGGAUUUAAUCAACAGCAAGGAGACUGAUACUACUGCUCUCAUAGAGAGUUCACCCGAGUACGAGGAGCAUGUGCGUCUCUGCAAAAUGGGUAUUGCCAGAACCUCAAUCAGAGCAGGAGACUUUAGACGUGGGAUUCAAUAUGCAGUGGAGCUGGAAGAUCAGCAGCUACUGUUUGACUGCGCGGAGCUUUUGGCCACCGUGGGACAUCUUACAGAGGCAGCUGGAUUGUAUGAACGUGGUGGUUUCUAUGAUGAGGCCUGUGGUCACUACAUUGCUCUAAAGAUGUGGAACAAGGCCAAUAAUGUCCUACCAAAGGUGAAAAGCACCAAACUUCAUGCAGCUUAUGCUAAGGCUAAAGAGAACGAUGGACAUUUUGAGGAGGCAAUAAGGAGUUAUCGUAUUGCCGGUGAUUUGGAUGCUUGUGUUAGAAUCUACUUGGACCACUUGUGUGACCCUCAUGCAGCCUCUGAAAUCGUUUUGGAGUCGCGUUCAAUGGAUUCGGCCAAGCUGCUGGCCAAGUUCUACCAGAAAAUAGGAGAUGUAGAACAAGCACUCCAGUUUCUUGUUAUCUGCGGCUGCGUGGAGGAAGCAUUUGCCCUCGCUCAGCGUCAUAACAAAUUGAGACGUCAUGGAGAGCUCCUAGAGCGAUAUGAGAAUGCUAAAUCAUCCGAUUAUCUAGCUCUGGCACAUUAUUUCGAGGGUGAGAAGUACACUCUACUGGCCGGAAAAUAUUACUUCUUAGCCAGGGAAUUUACUAAGGCCUUGAGAUUUCUGCUUAAGGCUUCGGCUUUUAACAAUGAGGAGCAGGUCUCUUUGUCGCUGGCUAUCGAUUGUGUGGCCACCUCGAACAAUGAGCAGUUGGCCUCCCAGCUCAUUGAAUUUCUUUUGGGAGAAGUGGAUGGAGUACCCAAGGAUCCACGUUAUCUAUUUCGUUUAUACAUGGCAAGGAAGCACUACAAGGAUGCAGCCAAGACAGCGGUGAUUAUUGCAAAUCAGGAACAACUCGCUGGUAACUACAAGUCAGCAAGGGAUCUGCUGUACUCCAUGUAUCAGGAACUGCGGCGGAAUAAUCUUUCAGUGACGGCUGAGAUGAGGCACCAGUUUAUUUUACUACAUCGCUAUACAUUAGUGCGAAUUCAUGUAAAACUGGGAAACCACUUGCUGGCCGCAAAGCUUCUGGUUCAAGUGGCCGCCUGUAUAUCUCAAUUUCCAGAGCAUAUCAUUCCCAUUCUCACCUCUACGGUGAUUGAGUGUCAUCGAGCAGGGCUCAAAAAGUCGGCAUUUACCUAUGCCUCCACUCUGAUGCGUCCGGAUUAUCGGAAUCAACUGGACUCCCGAUAUGCAAAGAAAAUCGAGUCCAUUGUGCGCAAAGCUCCCAAGGGCAUUAAGCAGUUGCGGGAUGAGAUCGACGACGAGACCAUGGAGUGUCCCAUCUGUGACUCGAACCUUGCCAACAUGGAGGUUACUUGCUAUAGCUGCAAGACCACACUACCCAUCUGCAUAGCCACUGGGCAGCACAUUAUAAAACAGCUUAUGACCUCCUGUCCACAAUGCGAUUUUCUUUGCUUCCGAGCUGAGAUGGAGAACAUUCUGUCGGAAAAUGGAGAGUGUCCUAUGUGCGGUGAGAACGUGGCUCCGGAGCAGCUUCUGGAUGUUGAGGACAUAAGACCUUACAUUUUGGCAGCCUCUUAAGAUCGAAUCAUUUAAGGACUGACGCAAACAAAUAGACUGCACAUCAUAUCACAAGACCAAAUAAUAGUUAUUUAUAAGUUGCAAAACACAAAAUACACGAAAUAUCACCGAAAACUAUUGCUUUUGUGGAUUAUUGAUUCUAACAAUGGAUAGUUAAGAACACAUUAACAAACACGCACUUUAAUUCUGUAAAAUGGUUAUAACAGAUUAUAGAAAAUAGAUUUUGAAAAGUUACGACUUCAGCUCAACAAAA